AUGGAAAAUAUUGACAUGGGUCAUUUGCUAAGACAAAUGGAUAAAGCUUCACAAGGAGUCAUGAACGACCCAGGAGCACAAAAACAAAUCAAAGACUUUUGGAACAUGCUAAACGAAUUGUCAGAAAACAAUCCAGAGGUAAAUUAAAAAAAGGAUUAUAAAAAAUUCAUUGAAAACCAUUUAAAAGAAGGAAUUGAAGACGCAAAAAUCGAAAAAGCUAAAAAAGCUGUUUAUUCCCAAUUCUCAUUUUGUGUGAAAACCUAUACCAAAGGUAAAAAAGAAAUCGUUUUGAUAAAUUUCUGCCACAGUGAUAAGUAAAUUCUAUUAAGAAUUCUAUCUCCCCUCAAGCAAGAUAAAUCAAUUGCCGAUCUUAACGACCUCGACAGCUGAGUUGUCAUUCCUGCAAGCUUUUCUGCACAAAAGACUAAAAAAACAGAAGGCAAGAAGCCUAUGAUUUAUUAUGAUGCCCACAUACAUUCACGUGUUAUUGAGCAUGCUUUAAAAGAUCUUUUGGUUAAAACUCAUAUCGUUUCUAGCGUAUUGAGAAGAUUGGCCUGGAAAGAAAAAAUAGAACUAUUAUAUGAUAGAGGAGAUUUUACUUUUUUAGACAGCUAUAGAAGCCCUAAUGAUGAGGUAGGGCCUGAAGGCCAUUUUCUGGAUAUUGGGGCGGAUCCUGAAGAGUAUAAUGAAUUCAGCAAAAGUAAAUUUAGAAUAGGGAAUCUUGACUGAAACACAGGAGCAGGAAAUAAAAAUACCUGGAUUAGAAGAAAAUAAAGAAGUUAAUAAGGUGAUGAUAGAAGUAAGAAAUAGGCAGGAAAUAGUGAAUUAUACAAUUGAGUCUAAAGACGACUUUAAAACCCCAGAAAUCAAUGUAGAGGAGAACACGUAUGUGCUAAAUAGUGAUUUUGUUAAAAUUGAAGUCCAAAUGCCGGAGGAAAACUCAAUGAGAGACAUAAAUUUAGAGCUAAACGUCAGCUCAGUUAAAAUUUCGUCCCCAAACUACUACACAUUAAUCAAAUUCAAGUCCUCAAAGCUCUCAGAAAAUGAAGUCAUCGCUAAAUGGCUCAAAAAAUCACACAUGCUUAAGCUUGACAUAAAAAUUCUAAAAUUUUAG